AUGGGCUCCUCCGAUCAGUCGAAGGCAUCAUCCGGCAGCACCCCGUACGACGCCUCCAUCCCGCAAUCCUCCUCAUCCCCCUCCUCCUCUCCGCCGAGCUCCGACGAGGUUCUCCCGCCGGAGGGGGGCGCCGCCGCCGGCUACCUCGAGGUGUUCAUCGAUCGCGCCCGCGACAUCCAGAACAUCUGCAUCUACCACAAGCAGGACGUCUACGCCAAGAUCUGCCUGAGCAGCGAUUCCGAAGAGGCCAUCUCCACGAAGAUCGUCAAUGGCAGGGGGAGGAAUCCGAUCUUCGAGGAGACUCUCAAACUCAAGGUCCGCUCCCUCGAUUCCUCCCUCCGAUGCGAGAUCUGGAUGCUAAGUAGGGUGAAGAACUACCUCCAUGAUCAGCUCCUCGGCUUCACGGUGGUUCCUCUCUCAGAGAUCGCCGCCGCCGGCGGCGGGAAGCUUGCCGGAGAAUUCUCUCUCUCCUCCACCGAUCUCUUCCACUCCCUGUCGGGCUUCGUCCGGCUCUCCCUCUCCCUCGCCUUCGCCGGCAAGCUCCCCGCCGCUCCUCCUCCUUCAUCGUCGUCUGCCCUAAUUCUUCCCGGCCCUGAUCCACCAGCCCCUUGGAAGCUCGACAGCGUCGAAUUCCCCGACCUGAACUUCGAGAACGAGAACCAGAAGAUGGUCUCCGAGCUCCUCGCUAUCCCCUGCCAGCCCCUGGAAUCCUCCGACUCCUCCGAGAGCAGCAUCGUCUCCCCUAAUUCUUCCCCUCCGCCUCCUCCUCCUCCUCCUCCUCCUUCUUCUUCUUCUUCUUCUUCUUCUUCUUCUUCCUCGGCUAUCAAGAUCGACGUCCAGCCGGAGCAGAAGGUGGUGCAGCAGGACAUCGUGGACAUGUACAUGAAGAGCAUGAACCAGUUCACAGAGUCCCUGGCGAAGAUGAAGCUUCCGAUGGACGCCAAUGAGAGCGGCGGCGCCGCAGGUGCAGAAAAGGGGCUGGAAGCAUCCAAGGAGACCCGCUCGAGGGUCUUCUAUGGCAGCAGGGCGUUCUUCUGA